GAGAUAAACAGUAGACACAAGAACGGAGGGAGACUUUCACUUUAACUAAGCAGACCCAGGAGUUGCAUACACCUUAUAAAAUGAAACCCUAAUUACAGCCGCAGCCUCCUCCAAUCAAUUGAACAAAAAUGAGUUUGUCAAAGCCCAAGUACACUCCCUCCUAUGACUUCCCAGAAGAGAUCUUGUCGGAGAUUUUCAAAAGACUCCCUGUUAAGUCCGUCUUACGUUGCGGAGCUGUCCAAAAAUCAUGGUACCAUAUUAUAAGAUCUCGUAUGUUUGUCACUCUCCACUUAAAUCAUCAGAAACUCACAGCCCAUGAUAAUCCUAGGUAUCUACUUUUUCACAAUGUUAAGACCCACAUGUUUACUGUAUAUUCUGAUGAUAAUCAAUUUCAAGAAUACUGCUCAGUUGAAUACCCUUUUGACUUUGAUAUUAAUGAAUGGUAUGCAUUAUCAAAUGGGUUGGUUUGUGUGUCUUCCAUGGCUUUUCGAAAGCCUAAUUAUGAUCCUAAUUUGUAUAUCUGGAAUCCUCUUGUCCAGAUUUAUACACCUCUUGGGGUUUCACCUCUUUCGGUAUUUACUCAUGAGGAGAUUGGUUGGAUGGCUGGGUAUUUACCUGAAGUUGAUGAUUAUGUGGUGGUAAAUGUUGUCAAACUUGAACCUGACCCCUCUGACCCCGACGACCCCGGCUCACCUGACCCCUAUGAAAUUGAUCCGCAUUCAGCAGUGAUCGGUGUUUAUAGUCUAAAAACUAGGUCUUGGAAAGCCAUAUAUCAGGAUGAUUUUUUAAUAUUUGGCAUGUGUACUGAUCAAUCUGUUUUUGUUAAUGGUACUGCAUUUUGGGUAGCUACGGAUUUUGAUCAGCAAUAUAUUAUGUACUUUAAUACUAGGACAGAAGUACUGCGAAGAAUUUUGGUGCCCGACUGGUUUGGACUCCAGGAUCGUCAGCUUGACUAUCCUGUUUUUCAUCAAUUUGGUCAGUCGAUUGCUUACUUUGUUUUGAACGAUGAAUCUCGUCACUUGGACAUUUGGGUACUGAAAGAAGAUGAGAUAGAUGUGUUUUCUUGGGAGAAAUUAAUGAGUGUUGAUCUAAGUGAAAAUGUUCGGGCUGAUGUCUUGGGUUUAAGGAACAGUGGUGAACCAAUACUGACAAAAUCAAACAAUUUGAUUUCAUAUGAUCUUGAUACUCAUGAACCAUAUGAAUUCAUUAGUUCAUGUGAUUGUUUGACUCUAAAUUUCAGUUAUAAAAAGGGCUCUAAACCACCAUUCAUCAUUAAACCUUUUGUGGAGACUCUACUUUGGCGUGAUAAGAGAAAAUGUAUAGCAUUGGGAACUUGCUAGAAGUCUUCUACUCUUCAUGUUCUGUUGCAUAUGUAGACGGUAUUAAAUGUGCAUCGUAAGUGAACCUUGAACAAGGGAAGGGGUCAACAUCUGAUCGCUAAUUAGUUAAGGGAUUGUCAGUUGGUGUGGAUUACUAAUGCUGAAAAGGAUGAGACAGAGCAAAAGACUUCUGAAUUUUAUGGAUUCUAGUUCUAUCAUUGCCUUAGUUCUGCUUUAUAACGUGUCAUAUUUGCGAGAUUAUCUUGUUUUGGUGUUAUUGAGACAAAUUGUUCGCAUAGUAUGAUCUUAGAAAUGUUGCUGGUUUUCCUAUCUCAAGUUUUCGCAUUGCUUUUGUAGUUUAUCAAUUUUAUUAUUUUUUCUUGGGAGCAAUUAUGCAAAAUGGUUACAUUUGUACCAGUGUUAACAAUUAUGGUUGUUUGAAAUA